ACAACAUUCAUUAUCCAAUUGCAAAAAGAAGAAACAUCUGUGGAUGUUUGUCUCUAAAAGAAAAAUAAAUGCAAUGUGUGUGGUUUCACAUUGCAUGACUUUCCAGUGAUGACAUCAUUAAAUCAAGAUGCGUUUUACAUCAAAGCAAUUGUAUUAAUGAGAACAUUCUCAUAACUUGUGAUAUCUCAGCUCAGCUUUAAGCAGGAAAUGACAGAACAUCGACGUCAUGGAGAUGGAGUGGGACGGUGCUAAGAGGACACAUUAUAUAUUAUUUCGUGGCCCUGGAUGAUGUUGAAAGACGCUCAGCGAGGACCCACGAGACUUACAGUGAAUUGCCCAUUUGUUGAGCUAUGUUUAUGGAUCAUGUGAGUUAUAUAAACAGAAAGCACGUUUCUCUGCUCCGCGCGCUCUGAGCUGGAGUUGAGUUGGCAACAGGAGUCCACCUGUGUUUAAUCACAAAGGCACGAUACAUGCGACUUCGCAUCCAGCGCUGUGGACUGACGCUCAAAGUCUACAAGUGGAAGGAUGAACUGAGAAGUCUCCCAAAACUUGCGUAUGGUGAGAUAAAGGCAUACUUAUGUUUAUAAGAUGACACUCAACACACAGAAAGAGGGAAAGGAACCACUGAGGAGAAGAGCGAGCACUCCCAUCCCUUCCUCUCGUUUAGCGAGCCGGGGAGAUAGAGACCCCUCGGCUGACCCUUAUCACCCUCCGCUCGCCCAGUCAGCCUCUUACCACCCAGGAGACAAGACCAUCCACUCACGGGCCAACUGGUCUUCAGACUCAGAGUCGGACAGCUCUGGAUCUGAGUCUCUUUAUCGUGUGGUUUUGCUGGGGGAUCACGGUGUGGGGAAGUCAAGCCUUGCCAACAUUUUUGCUGGAAUACAAGAGAAGGAUGCCCACAAACACAUUGGAGAGGAUACAUAUGAGAAAACCCUUACGGUGGAUGAGGAGGAGACGACCCUAGUCGUGAUGGACACGUGGGAAAAUGAAAAACAGGAGGAAGAUGAGAAGUGGGUGCAGGAUUACUGCAUGCAGGUGGGGAAUGCUUAUGUCAUUGUUUACUCCAUCACCGACCGCAGCAGCUUUGAGAGCGCAUCGGAGUUACGAAUCCAGCUGCGGCGCAUCCGACAGGCUGAAAACAUUCCCAUCAUCCUUGUGGGAAACAAAAGUGACUUAGUGCGCUCUCGAGAAGUGGCAGUGGAAGAGGGUCGGGCUUGUGCCGUGGUGUUCGACUGCAAGUUCAUAGAAACCUCCGCCUCCCUCCACCACAAUGUUCACGAGCUCUUUGAGGGCAUUGUGAGGCAGAUCCGACUGCGGCGAGACAGCAAAGAGAUCAAUGAGCGCCGACGCUCUGUCUACAAGCGAAAAGAGAGCAUCACCAAGAAGGCCAGACGCUUCCUGGAUCGACUGGCGGCCAAGAACAACAAGAAGAUGGCCAUGAAAGUGCGCUCCAAGUCCUGUCAUGACCUCGCAGUGCUGUGAACCCACAGUGAACACACUCUCAUUCCUUGAACUUUCAUUUUUAUAUUCGAAAAGAGGAUUUCUGACAAGUCUGAACAUUAAUUCACAUUUUUGUUUGUUUAUUCAUUAAUUCAAGUCAAACUAUUGUAUUAACCUUUUUACUGAUUCCCCUGAAGACCUAUAGAUCAAAUUUUUGAUAGGCGUUUGAAUUAAACCAAAGGUUUACUACUGUAUAUCACCAAUUAAGUGGACUUUUUUUUUUUCUAAAUGAACAUUUUAUCAAUGUUUGCCUUAAUAGUUAGAAAUAAUUAACAAGCAAUAUUUAUUAUUCAUUGUUUUUAUUUUAUUUUUUUUCCUUAUAAAAUGAAUAAUUCACCUUGUUUUUGGAUGUAUUUUGUAUACACUGAAAGUCAUUUGCUAUGAGAUGGGUACAGCCUAUUGGAGAAGUUAAAGGAGAGACAGCUUAGCCCAAUGUUUUUUGUUGUUUUUUUUCUUACGAGUUUAUUUUAAUAAAGCAAAAAAUAUUUGGGACAUGUCAAUCAUCAUUUAAAAAGGGCAUGUGAAUAUCCUCCAUGAACCUUUUUUACAGUUUAUUUGAAUGACGUAGUUGGUCAGUAAACUCAGUUGGUCAGUAAACAAUUAAGGUGUCAGAUAUUUUACGAGAAUUUAUUAUAACAACAAAAAUAAUGGUUUACAGGCUAUUUCUAUCUAAAUGUUUUCUUGUUUUUGUUUUUUUGCACUGGACGGGAAAAUGUUUUUGUACAACUUGAUGUUGCUGGUUUGUAAAUAUUUAUUUUCCAAAAUUUGUAUAAUAAAUGGCUUUGAAAUAUGUAAAUACAAUUGAGCUUUGCAUUAUUAAAUCCCAAUGUUU